CUCCAUCGGCCAUUUUGUAGGAGAAGCCGCAGCGCCGCCUCUUCUUUCGCGUCUUCGCAGCCGUCGCCGCCGCCUCUUCCUCCGCCUCCUCCCGGCUUCCGCCGCCGCCGCCGCUCCAGCCGCAUCCCAGCCCCGGGGCGAAGCAUUUCCUUAUUUCCGUUUUCUCGCCACUGCAGCCUCCUGACACGGUGAUCCGGGCGGGCCCCGCAGGAAUUUUAUCCCCUCACCGGCCUCACAUUAGUAUCGCAUGUCCACUAUCCAGAACCUCCAAUCUUUCGACCCCUUUGCUGAUGCAACUAAGGGUGACGACUUACUCCCGGCAGGGACUGAGGAUUACAUCCAUAUAAGAAUCCAGCAACGGAACGGCAGGAAGACACUGACUACUGUUCAGGGCAUUGCAGAUGAUUAUGACAAAAAGAAACUUGUGAAAGCUUUCAAAAAGAAAUUUGCCUGUAAUGGUACUGUGAUUGAACAUCCCGAAUACGGAGAGGUUAUUCAGCUUCAAGGUGACCAAAGGAAAAACAUUUGCCAGUUUCUCUUGGAGGUUGGCAUUGUCAAGGAGGAACAGCUGAAGGUUCAUGGAUUCUAAAAUGAACCUAAGUACGUGGAGAAUUUCUUGAAUAAUUUUAUCCUCUAAAUCCAGUUUGGCUACCUUGUGAAAUGAUUCUCUGCAGUAAACGGACUUUUCAUUUAUUUAAUUCUUCAAACUUCCAUUCACAUCUGCAUGAUUACAGAAAACAUGGGGUAUGUAGGCUAGUAACACAUAAGAAAAUUGCAGUAAGAUGGUAACGAAACCCCGUAUUCAUCUUAACAUGUUUCCAAUGGAAAAUAUUUUGUUUUGAGUGUUUAUUUGUUUAUUGUUCAGUUUAUUACUUUUCACUUGAUUAAAUGUUUUUUUUGUUGUAUUAAACCAUGUAUGUUGCAGCUUAACAAUAAAAAAAUCUAUGAAUUCUUCUGUGAGGAGUUAGGCUCUUUAAGCAAGUAAAGUGCACAUGUAUUUAUUUUUC